CAGGGCUGUGGUUUGUGUCUCCCUGCAGAGUUAUGUCAUGCCCAGACCAGCACAGGGCUCCAUGAGGAUUUCUGGAAGAUGCUCCGUGUCUUGGCGCCUCUGGUGCUCCUUCUGCUGUGGCUGAUGAGGAUCUGGGCCAGCCCCCACUCCCUGAGGAUUGCUGCCAUCCUGGACGACCCCAUGGAGUGCAGCAGAGGGGAGAGGCUCUCCAUCACCCUGGCCAAGAACAGGAUCAACCGCGCGCCCGAGCGGGCGGGCAAGGCCCGGGUGGAGGUGGACAUCUUCGAGCUGCUGAGGGACAGCGAGUACGAGACAGCAGAGACCAUGUGCCAGAUUCUCCCCAAAGGCGUGGUGGGAGUCCUGGGACCUUCCUCCAGCCCAGCCUCCAGCUCCAUUAUCAGCAACAUCUGUGGGGAGAAAGAGGUUCCUCACUUCAAAGUGGCUCCAGAGGAGUUCCUGAAGCUGCAGCUGCAGAGGUUCACCACCCUCAACCUCCACCCCAGCAACACCGACAUCAGCGUGGCCGUGGCAGGAAUCCUGAAUUUCUUUAACUGCACCACUGCCUGCCUCAUCUGUGCCAAAGCUGAAUGCCUUUUAAACCUGGAGAAGCUGCUGCGGCAGUUCCUGAUUUCCAAGGAGACGCUGUCGGUGCGGAUGCUGGACGACAGCCGGGACCCCACCCCGCUGCUGAAGGAGAUCCGGGACGACAAGACAGCCACCAUCAUCGUCCACGCCAACGCCUCCAUGUCCCACACCAUCCUGCAGAAGGCAGCUGAACUGGGGAUGGCGUCUGCCUAUUACACCUAUAUCUUCACUAAUCUGGAGUUCUCCCUGCAGCGCCUGGACAGCCUGCUGGACGACAGAGUCAACAUCCUGGGCUUCUCCAUUUUCAACCAGUCUCAUGCCUUCUUCCAAGAGUUUGUCCAGAGCCUCAACCAGUCCUGGCAGGAGAAUUGUGACCACGCUCCUUUUACUGGGCCAGCUCUGUCCUCAGCGCUGCUGUUCGACGCCGUGUACGCCGUGGUGACGGCGGUGCAGGAGCUGAACCGCAGCCAGGAGAUCGGCGUCAAGCCCCUGUCCUGCGGCUCGGCACAGAUCUGGCAGCACGGCACCAGCCUCAUGAACUACCUGAGAAUGGUAGAAUUGGAAGGUCUCACCGGCCACAUCGAAUUCAACAGCAAAGGCCAACGCUCCAACUACGCCCUGAAAAUCCUGCAGCACACCCGCGCUGGCUUCCGGCAGAUUGGCCACUGGCACGUCUCUGAAGGGCUCAGCAUGGACAACAGGAUCUUCUCCUCCAACAUAUCCGACAGCCUGUUCAACACCACGCUCAUUGUCACCACCAUCCUGGAAAACCCUUACUUAAUGCUGAAGUGGAACCACCAGGAGCUGGAAGGCAACGACCGCUACGAGGGGUUCUGCGUGGACAUGCUGAAGGAGCUGGCGGAGAUCCUGCGCUUCAACUACAAAAUCCACCUGGUCGGGGACGGCGUCUACGGCGUCCCCGAGGCCAACGGCACCUGGACAGGGAUGGUUGGGGAGCUGAUUGCUCGGAAAGCUGAUCUGGCCGUGGCGGGGCUGACGAUCACGGCGGAGCGGGAGAAGGUGAUUGAUUUCUCCAAGCCCUUCAUGACUCUGGGAAUCAGCAUUCUCUACCGAGUGCACAUGGGCCGCAGACCCGGCUACUUCUCCUUCCUGGACCCCUUUUCUCCCGGCGUCUGGCUCUUCAUGCUGCUCGCCUACCUGGCUGUCAGCUGUGUCCUGUUCCUGGUGGCUCGGCUGACUCCGUACGAGUGGUACAGCCCCCACCCCUGCUCCCAAGGUCGAUGCAACCUGCUGGUGAACCAGUACUCACUGGGGAACUCGCUGUGGUUCCCGGUGGGGGGGUUCAUGCAGCAGGGCUCCACCAUCGCCCCCCAGGCUCUGUCCACGCGCUGCGUCAGCGGAGUCUGGUGGGCGUUCACCUUGAUCAUCAUCUCCUCCUACACGGCCAACCUGGCGGCGUUCCUGACCGUGCAGCGCAUGGACGUGCCCAUCGAGUCCGUGGAUGACCUCGCUGACCAGACCACCAUCGAGUACGGCACCAUCCACGGCGGCUCCAGCAUGACCUUCUUCCAAAACUCCCGCUACCAGACGUACCAGCGGAUGUGGAACUACAUGUACUCCAAGCAGCCCAGCGUCUUCGUGAAGAGCACGGAGGAAGGGAUCGCGCGCGUGCUGAACUCCAACUACGCCUUCCUGCUGGAGUCCACCAUGAACGAGUAUUAUCGGCAGCGCAAUUGCAACCUCACGCAGGUCGGGGGCCUUCUGGACACCAAGGGCUACGGGAUUGGCAUGCCCGUCGGCUCUGUGUUCCGUGAUGAGUUCGACCUGGCCAUCCUCCAGCUGCAGGAGAACAACCGCCUGGAAAUCCUGAAGCGCAAGUGGUGGGAAGGAGGGAAGUGCCCCAAAGAGGAGGACCACAGAGCCAAAGGCUUGGGAAUGGAGAACAUUGGUGGAAUCUUCGUGGUGCUCAUCUGUGGAUUAAUCGUAGCAAUUUUUAUGGCAAUGCUGGAAUUUUUGUGGAGCCUUCGACACUCUGACCAGUCAGAGGUGUCGGUGUGCCAGGAGAUGGUGACGGAGCUGCGCAACAUCAUCCUGUGCAAGGACAGUUUCCAGCCCCGCCGGCGGCGAGCGGGGGCGGCACGGACUCGCCCCGGGGGGGGGGGGGGGGGCCCCGCCGCGCCCGAGGAGCGCCGAGCCCGCAGCACCGCCACGCUCAGCAACGGCAAGCUGUGCAGCGGGGGCGAGCCGGACCCCCUGGCGCAAAGACUGGCCCAGGAGGCCGCGCUGGUGGCCAGGGGCUGCACCCACAUCCGCGUGUGCCCCGAGUGCCGCCGCUUCCAGGGGCUGCGGGGGCUGCGGGCGCGGCCGGCCGCGGGGUCCCCGGCGCGCAGCGAGGAGAGCCUGGACUGGGACAAGGCCACCAACAGCAGCGGGCCCGAGUAGCGCCGGGCCUGGCCCAGGGGAGGGUCCUGUUCCAUUUUACAGAACACGGACUUGUACAAUGUCGACGCGUUUUUAAAUCGAUGGCGGUUGGCCGGCUUCUCCGGAGCGAGGUGGACUCGGGGCUGGCUGCGGUUUCGGUGGCGCUGGCGUGGCAGCAGGGGGGUCCUCAGGCUGGUGGCUGGCCAGAGGUUGUCUCUGGGAAGGAGGGAUGUGGUGGGUGGCUUUGGAGCAGAUUUUGCCCACGCUGGGGCACGAGGGGUUCUUGGAACUUCUCCCCCUCCAAGGUCAGGAGAAAGGACACUGGCGCUGCCUCUCCAUCGCUUCUGGGGGACGUUCUCCAAGGGCACGGGGUGGGACUUUUUAUUUGCCGUGGCUAUGGGAAAAGAAAAGUCAUUAUUUUGGGUUUUUUUGUUUCAUUUGGGUAUGUCAGGACCCAGUCUCCAAGGCACCAGGUGCUGAACUCUUCUUCCUUUUCAGAGUGGCAGGUGGGUUGAAGGGGGGAGGGAGGAUGGGAUGGGAUGGGACAUGCUCCCUGUGAGAAGCAGCAUUUGCUGGAAGUCCAUAUGAGGAGUUGUUAAAAUUACAUAUCUAGAGAAAUAUAUCUAUCCAUAGAUAUAUAUAUAUAUAUAUAUUAAAAUG